AUCCAAACAAGCCCUAGAGGAACUCAUCACGUCAAAGCAAAAUGAGUAGCUAGUCAUUGGGCUGGCCCGGUCCCUUUAAAAAGGCAUCAAGGAGAGGGAGGAGAUAGAAAAGAGAGAGAGAGAGAUGUCGUAUUUGUUGCCGCAUCUACACUCAGGAUGGGCGGUGGAUCAGGCGAUCCUGGCCGAGGAGGAGCGCCUCGUCGUCAUCCGCUUUGGCCACGACUGGGACGAGACUUGCAUGCAGAUGGAUGAAGUGCUGUCUUCGGUUGCCGAGACUAUAAAGAACUUUGCAGUGAUAUACUUGGUUGAUAUCACAGAGGUACCAGACUUCAACACCAUGUACGAGCUUUACGAUCCAUCGACAGUCAUGUUCUUUUUCCGCAACAAACAUAUCAUGAUCGAUCUUGGAACUGGGAACAACAACAAGAUCAACUGGGCCAUGAAGGACAAGCAGGAGUUCAUCGACAUAGUUGAGACCGUGUUUAGAGGUGCAAGGAAAGGACGUGGUCUUGUUAUUGCUCCCAAAGAUUACUCCACCAAGUACCGAUACUGAUACUGCUUUGCGUACUGGAUGCCUUGCUGUGUACUUGGAUAAAAUUGUAGACAUUGGCCUAUACAAUGCUAGGCUUAAUGCUAUUGGUAUUGUGUAAAAUGCUGGCUUUAUUGACGAUGAGUAUCUUUGCUUUUUCGGAAACAAAGCUUGCUGCACUAGCUGUACGUUUGAUGAUUUGGAGACGAUGAGACUUAUUUUUAGCUCUGGAUUCCUUUUGUCUAUGAUAUAUUGUGCUGGGCAGUGUUGGUUA